CUAAUUGAGAGAAAAGAACAAAUUAGGUCCAGUAUUUGAAAAUGGUAUUCAACAGCCCCCUGGUGGUCGGGGUAGCGAAGGUAUCGGCGAAUGCGUGUCAGUACAUAGCUUGCAACCCGGAGCGGCUGAGCUCCGAUCAAGUCCUCCACCUUCUCUUCUGCUUCCCCUUUCAGCAUCUCCGUCGCCUCGCUUUAUGUCUCUGGACCUUCUUCUGUUUCUCUCCUCCCAACAACCCUAAUUAUUUUACCUCUUCUUCUUCUUCCUCCUCUUCUUCUUCCUUCGAUUUCGACGUUUAUGAUUUCGACCAAGACCUUCACUCCGACUGAUUCUACAGUUUUCAUCUAAUUCAUUUUCCUAUCUUUUUACCUUUUCUUCUCCUUCUUUUCUUUUUCAAUUUUAUGCACAAUUAUGGGGCUAGUGGAUCACUCCACGUGAUCUGAUGAAAGAAAAGGAGAUUCUUGAUGUGAUAAUUGUGUUGCCUUUGAUAGGUAUUAGGAGGUGUUCUCUCGCAAGAGAACAAUGUCGGGGUUCAGCAGCAAGAAUGCAUUCUCAUUUUUCACAGUUCAAAUGUUUCGAUCAGCGGUUUUGGAUAUUUUCAGCCAGAGAACAACAAGGAGGAAUGGGGCAUAUAUAUAUAUCCAAAGGUUGCACCUUUAGAUAACUAUAUGGUGCAAAUUUGUUGAUGUCAUAAAUUUAUAAGAUGAACUUUAUACAGGGCAAUAAGAUGUAGAGAGUUAGUAAAAUUCUUGGUGUUUGAACAAUGGUAGCUGUGUUAUUGGACUGAUCCAGGUUUUAUAACAAAUUUGUGAUUGGCUAUUAUUAAGAUGAAAGACUAGUUUUGUAUGGGGGAUUAUUACAUAUUUGGAAGGAAAUAAAUCCAUGAUUAUGGUGAUGCAAGUUGGUUGGUUGGUCAGAAAAUUGAAAAGGAGAAAAGGAAAUAUCCAGAGAACGUCAAACUUACAAUACAUAAAAAGUGGUUAUAGGGAAGGUAUGCCAAACAAAUUAUAGAUCCUUAUAUUAUAUAAUACAAGAGUGAAAUAGAGAAAUACUUAACUGCUUUCUAUACUUAGUCUCUCUCUCUCUCAACCUCACUGCCCUAAUACGCCAUCUUCUAAUCCAUGGCCGCCUCUUCAACUCAGGGUUCCCCUGCUGCCCAUGACACUCAUCACGAUAUCUUUCAACUCAUCCAUCAUCACCAGGAAAAAGCGGCUAGGCUUCCACCUAUUGAGGAAGUUAAGACACUUCUCCAUCAUAGUUCUCGCGGUUUUCUCUCCACUUUCUCUCAGAAGUACCAAGGGUAUCCAUCGGGGUCCAUGAUUGACUUUGCUUGUGAUGCUUAUGGAUCUCCAAUCAUAGCUGUUAGUAACUUGGCUCUUCAUACAAAGGACCUAUUAGCAAAUUCCAGAUGUUCAUUGCUUGUGGCAAAAGAUCCAGACGACAGGACUGACCUAAUUAUCACCGUGCAGGGGGAUGCCCUUCCAGUUUCUGAGAGCAAUUUGGAAGCUGUUCGUACUGCAUACACCACGAAGCAUCCCCAUGCAUUUUGGGUGGACUUUGGUGACUUCCAAUUCCUGCGCAUUGAACCUAAAGUUGUUACAUAUGUAUCAGAUGUUGCCACCGCUUUAUUCAGAUCUGGAGAAUUCAGUGAAGAUGAGUUUCGAACAGCAAAAGUGGAUCCUAUAUAUCAAUUUUCUAAGCCUAUAGCGUCUCAUAUGAAUAAGGAUCAUUCGGAAGAUACUAAGCUGAUCGUGCAGCACUACACUUCAGUCCCGGGACGUGAAGACACUAAUCAUAGAGAUGCUUCAAACGGCCAAAAGCCAAGCCAAGUGAAAUUAACAACAAUAAGAAUUGACAUGUACGGCAUGUGUUAUAAUCAAAAUCAGUUGCACAAACUUAAUUAUGUGUUUGUAUAUUUGUGUAAAUUACAUGUAACCCACAUAUAUAUGAUAUAUGGGUUUACAAUACUGUUGAAUUAAUUUCGGACUUAAAAGGGAAUUGGAAAUGAGGAUAUUUCCCGAUCGA